AUGCUAGCCGCCUCCGAAGAUCACUACGAUACUCCGUGGGAAUUUUUGGCGCGACCGAAUUCGGUGCGAUUGUCCACGUUGGAUGGAUCGGGAACUUUGGAUAGAGAAGUAGCAGCAGGGAUGCCAGAGAGAGGUUAGAAACGCAGAGGAAAUGAAUAUGGCCUAGAAAUUCAAAUUCCACGGUUUUCUAGGCCAUAGCUUAUUUUUCGUGGCCUAGAACUCCAAAACACACUGUGUUCGGGCUCAAAAUGCUGCAAAUUUCAAGCUAAUCCACGUGGCAGCCCUAAAAAUGCUCCAAAUUUUGCAGGCUCUCCAUCGCUAUGCUCCAGCUCCUCAUUCGUCAAUCAGCUCGUUCAAAUCGGCAAUUCGGCGGUGGAUGCGCGCAUCAACAAACGAUCAGCGAGAGACGAGAGUAGUCGGAGACGCAGAGAGGUUAGAGUUUUGUCAGUGGGGCGCGUUUGCUGGAUUAUCCACGUGGAUUAGGCUUUUUCGAAUGAAAAACCAUGAAAAAUCCGAAUUUCCUGAUUAAAAUUGAGGUUCUCAAUAGAGCGCACAUGCUCCAAUAUAAUUAAAAAUUCAAAUUUUUCGAAAAAUCUUACAAUUGUCAAUAGAGCGCACAAGCUUUCUAGACCUAUUUUUCAAGAAAAAUUCAAAAAUGAAUUCUCAAUGGAGCGCACAAGCUUCCUAGCUCAAUUUUUCAUGAAAAAUUCAAAUUUUUCGAAAAAUUUCAAAAUUAUCAAUAGAGCACAAAUGCUUUCUAGCUCAAUUUUUCAAGAAAAAUUCAAAAAUGAAUUCUCAAUGGAGCGCAAAUGCUUUCUAGGCCCAUUUUUCAUGAAAAAUUCAAAUUUCCUAACUAAAAUUGAGGUGAUCAAUAGAGCGCACAUGCUCCAAUAUAAUUAAAAAUUUGAAUUUUUCUAGGAAAAAGCUAUAUUCUCAAUAGAGCGCACAUGCUCUAGAAGCUAAUUUUCCACGUGGAUUUCGAUUUUUCUACUGAAAAACCAGGAAAAAUUCAAAUUUCUUGCUUAAAAUUGAGGUUCUCAAUGGAGCGCAAAUGCUUCCUAGCUCAAUUUUUCAUGAAAUUUUCAAAUUUUGCAGUCAGACGAUCAAAUUCUGGAGCAAAACGUGGAUCGUGUGGAAGCGGAAAAACGCCUGGAAGCUCGCCAACUCGGCGACUAUCUUCUAAGGUCUCGCGGCGAAGGAAGUGCCGCGCUUUCACUUCGCAGCACAAAAGGUGUGGUGCAUAUUAAGAUUGAGAAAAAUGGCGAUCGUUGGGUGAUUGGUGGGUGCAUUUUUCUAAUUUUCAGAUAAUUUUGAGGGAAAUUUUCGCAAUUUUAGGUGAUUUUUAACGAAAUUUUGAUAUUUUCAAUAAUUUUUGGGCAUUUUUCAAUAAUUUUUGGGCAUUUUUCAAUAAUUUUUGAGCAUUUUCAAAUAAUUUUCACAGUAUUUUAGAUAUUUUCACAGUAUUUUAGAUAUUUUCAAUAAUUUUUGAGCAUUUUUCAAUAAUUUUCACAGUAUUUCAGAUAUUUUCAAAAUCCCGCCCCAAAAAACUCACUUUUUCAAGCAUUUUGAGCACUUCUUCUGAUUUCUGAUAGCUGCCACGUGGAUUUUUGAGCUCUGAAAAAAAAAUCGAUAAUUUUUUAUGGGAAAAAGAAGUUUAGAGAAAUUUAUUGAUUUUUGGACGUGGCAAAUUUUGGCGCGAAAAAUAUUUUGAUUCAAAAAAUUUUGCUGAAUUUAAUUUUCCGGGCUCAACAUUUCAAAUUUCUGGCGCCAAAUUCAAAUUUUCUGCGCGAAAAAUCCACGUGGCAUUAGUUUUUGAGCCAAAAAAUUGUGAUUUCAACAUUUUUGCUCAUUUUUUUGCUCAAAAAUCUAUUUUUUUUCAAAUUUCCCGGUAAAAUCAGAUGUUUUAGGGUCAAAAAUGUACGUUUUUGCUCAUUUUUUGCUCAAAAAAUGCUCAUUUUUCUAGGCGAAGGCCCGUGUUUCCGCUCAAUCUCUUCCGCAAUCAGCUACUACCGCCGGCAUCCGCUUCCGAUCCGCGGAGCCGAUCAUUUGAUCUUGAAGCAGCAACUCAAACGACUACCCCAAGCAUUUUAA